AUGGACAUGGUAGUCAAUGUAGCUUCUGCACAAAUGAGGCUGUCCUGCUGAAGUGCACCUAACAUCAAUUUUCGCCGACAGCAUCAAAGUCUUAUUGCAGGUUAGAUCAGGGUCAGUGAUGAGCACUCUUAUUUUUUGUGCAUACUUAUCUUUCAUUUUCCCAAUGAAGCUAUUAUCUCAUAUCCCCGUUUUCAGGCUAAGGCUCAAUAUAAUCCCCUUUGAGUGAAAUCUGACAAAUUUCUGACACGAGCCAUAUCAAGGAAACAGUUAAGUUAUGAUAAUCGUAGUUUGCAGGCGAAAAAUAAGAUCUGAGAAAAUGAGCUCAUCAAAAUAUGCUUCUUUCCGAGUUUCUGCUGUCGAUGUUCGGAUCUAUUUUCUUUACAAUAUUAUUUGAAUCUGCAAGAUGCCUCUUUGUCCGUGGUAGUGCAUAUCUGUCUAGAUGGUUCAGCUAUUGAUGUUGGUUUGAAAGUAAACAUGAUAAUCUCGUGCAGGGUGUUGGGGGCCUUGUUUUUGGAAAGGAGGAUUCUUCUUCUGAUGAGGAUAGGUAUGGGUUCGGUUCCACUUAGUAGUUUCAAGAUGUAAUGCCCUUGAUGUAUUCAUUGAUGUGUCACAUAAGUAAUCCUUUAUUGUGAAUAGUUGUUAUAUAUACUCGAUAAACCUAUGAUGUGCUUCCUUGUUUUCAAGGAGACCAUGCCCUUCCGUUUCAAUAUAUGUUACCCUUUGGUACUUUACUUUCUAUAGUACUGUGUGGAUGGCAAACUGCUUAAAGAGAAUACUACAUUUUGAGCUGAAGGAAUAGGUGUUAAAUGCUAAUGGACAGAUUUAAAUUUUUGAGUAAAUUUUUGUUGCUCACAUUUCCAGCUAUGUUGAACGCCUUCUAGACCGUAUUAGCAAUGGAGUGCUAGCUGAUGACAGACGUUCUGCUAUAACUGAACUUCAGUCACUUGUAGCUGAAAGUCGUCCAGCUCAGAUAGCUUUUGGAGCAAUGGGUGAGUGCUUGAAUCAUUUUUUCCUUGUCUACGGUUAUUCACAUUACAGCAUCAAUUUUUAUGCUUAUCCAGUCCUCACAUAUUUUGCUAUUUUGUGUAGGUUUGCCCGUCGUCUUAAGUGUGUUAAAGGAAGAGCGAGAUGAUGUUGAAAUGGUUCGAGGUGCCUUAGAAACUCUUGUUAGUGCAAUGACGCCCAUUGAUACCUCUCUUGUGACAAAAAACGAAGUGCAACCAGCCUCAAUGAACUCUGAUCUUCUAUCCAGAGAGGCGGAGAAUAUAUCUCUUAUUUUAAGCCUUUUGGUGAGUAUUCGAUCUCUCUUAUUUCUUUUAGAUCGAAACCUCCCCUUCCAUUGAAAGGAAGACAACGAAGGCUAUAAACUUUAUAAAUGCUUUAAUUUUGUGCAGUCAGAAGAUGACUUCUAUAUUAGAUACUAUACACUUCAACUUCUCACCGCUCUUCUUACACAUUCUCCCAACAGGUACCUUAUCCUGCACACGUAUUGCCACUGUUAUUUAAUUGCCUUUUUCUGAUUUGAUAGUUCGUGUUUCGGUCCUCUUGAUGAACAUGGUUUUGUUACUUUUUCAGGUUACAGGAAGCAAUUCUCUCAGUUCCUCGUGGAAUAACUAGGCUUAUGGAUAUGCUAAUGGAUCGUGAGGUUUGAAUUUUUUUGGUGUUUGAAUCUUUUUUAACUGGAUUUGUUAAAACUUGUGUAAUACUUAUUUCUGGAAGAAAACAUUCAUGAUGCUUAUGAAAUCGGUAAAAGUAAUACUUCUUUAUAUGGAUAAUAAUGAAUCCUUAAGGAUCUGUAUGGCUUGAUGCCUUAUUGUGAAUGGUAACAAGAGGGUUCCCACUUCCUCGUGGGAAAUUAUCUGGUGUAUCUUGGUCAACCAUCAUUCAUAUAUGAUGCUCUAGGCUUCCUUUCCCUUUUUUCUUAAUUCUCUUUCCAUUACAUUUGGCUGCACUUCUUUUUAUCCUUGAGACCUAUUUUAAAUGCGGGGGGGCAAGUGUCCAGCUGAUGUGAUAUACAACAUUGCCACAUCUGCGAAUUGGAGUUCAGGUAGGUUGUCUGGACCACUUGGGGGUGUGGCCAGGCCUGUUGCUUGGGUGAGACCAAAGCAUUGAUUACGGAGUGCUUUGAAAAUCAUAGCACUCAUGUAAUGGCAACCUGGAUUGCUAGAGUUGGAGACAUUCAAACCAAAUGAUGGAUAAAGAUGGUUGAUCGAAUUACCGAAAGAGGAAGAAUGUGAAUAGGAGUAUUGGAAAGCAUUGAGCCAAAAUAUCAGAGAAGGAAACUCAAUUUAUAUGUCAUUUAUAAUAAUUCGACUACUUCUCUAAGUAGUCCACAUUUCUUUUUUACGAGAAAGAGGACCUGGUGGACCAGGAAACCCCAAGAGACCUUUAAGAAAGAACAAGGUAGUCUCUUACAGAAGGAAUCCUGAAACAAAAAACAAGUCGCUCCUUUCAAUAGCAGUCAAUGAACUAAAAAGAAAACUCAUACCGAAAGAAGGAAAAUCAAAUUCUCAGGGUAUUCGAUGAACCCUCUGAUUGUGUCAAGAUGUGGGAACCUAUAUUAUGUGAUCUACGUUCACCUUUUAAUCGGUAUGGGAUUUUCCCUGUUCUCACAAAACAAAAAUCUUUUAUAAUUUGAUGCACUAGACGACAACAAAAAUCAGUGCGCGAAAGUUCUUUGCAAAGGGCAUCCCUGGAAGAGAAAAACCCUGAGUUCUUUGAUCUUACCUUCCCUGUUCCUUCUGAAGCAUUCUUGGUCAUUGGCUUAUAAUCCACCAAGGGCGCCAUGAACUUCUAUCAUUGGCUAGUAAUGGCUCUGAUCAGAGUUCUAUGUCCAAAGCUGGUAUCUUGUGCUAGGUGCAAGUUAUCACUGCCUUGGCUAAAGAAAAACUUGCAGCAGUUCCUCUGACUAUUCUUCUUGUUGUGAGUGAGACGUGCCUUGCCUUCUGUGACCAUCAGAUACUAUCUACAGUCUCUGGUGAUCUUACCCCAGGACACCUUUCAGAGCUUCACCUUAUUAUCAUUAGCCAUCUGAUCUUCAUCAUGAUCCUGUUCUCCUCUAGCAUGACAGUUGGCCAUCGACAAUCACUGGUGCCAAAAAUACUGUUCAAUCCAUGCAAGAAUACCUUGAGAAAAAAAAACCCUAUCUGCAUCCUGCAGAACCGCUAACUUUACCUACGAAUCCUAGCAGAGUCAUAGACCACCCUCAUUUUAUUCACUUAAUCGCUGAUACCCCAACAAAUCUUACAUAUGGCAAGAGUAUCUGAUGGUCACAAGGCAUUCAUCUGAUCCCAAACCAAUCCCAAAAGGCAUUUAUAAGGCUUUUUCAAUUCUGCAAGUCUGGGACCGAGAUUCCUAAACCUGCCUGCCAUUAGAAAUGUGCAUAUUUGAGUCUCCUUGCAUUCAGGAUGGCACCAUAAUAAGCUCCGUGAUUAUCUGGUUCUACGCUGCAUUUUAUCUAUUGAAGUAGUGCCAAAUAUCACGGUUGUUAACAAUUUAUGAGGAUCUUUUAGUAUGGUUAUCUCGAAGUGGAACUGAAUGGCAUGCGAGUGCAUUGUCUUCAAGAAGUAACACUCCUAGUCUGUUUUCUGUAUACUCGUGGAAAUGAAACACAUGUGAAAAAAUUAAGAACACUUGACCUAUGAGAAAAGCUAUAGAUUUGGACUUCUUAACUGUUCCACUAUUUGGUCUUCAAACAAGUGCCUGGGAAGUCAUCAAACGCUCGAAACAUCAAGAGCAGCCCUAUCAUCUUCUUAUUGUAUGACAUUCAGUUUAUCAUCGCAUGGCAUGCAAAUAGUAUUCACUAGGUGAUUACAUUGGUUUAAUCAUAUAGGUUAUCUAUGAUGGAGAUUUAGUCGACAGUGCCAAAUACUUAUAAAUAGCAUCUUACAACGUCUAGAUAUUUUUGGAAGUCAGGAUCUUCUUUUUUUUCUGUCAGUGAUACUGUUCAUCAAUGACAGCUACUAUUUAGCUUGCCAUGAUUUAAAUUGAUUAAGAAUUAUUCCAUGGAGUGUAACUUGUAAAGGUUUAUUCAUUUCUUUUCUUAUCUGGUUCUCUGUAAUUAUGCCACGUUUAUUUAUUUAUUAGUAUUACAUUCACAGCCUGACCACUUUUUGUCCAAAUUAAAGAUUCUUGAGUUUUAUAUCUUGCAGGUCAUUAGAAAUGAGGCCUUAUUGCUUCUCACGUAUUUAACUCGUGAAGCAGAGGUGCUACCAUUUUCUUUAAAUGUGACAAUUUAACCAUUUAAACAUUAUUUUCGUUAAGUACAACUUUGAUUAAACGGUUUUUGUUUUCUUUUUUAGGAAAUUCAAAAGAUUGUGGUUUUUGAGGGUAUAUUUGAAAAGAUUUUCAGUAUUAUUAAAGAGGAAGGAGGAUCUGAAGGUGGUGUUGUGGUACAGGUUGUUUUCUUUCAAACUCUAAACCCCUGUGUAUUGGUGUAUGUUGUCGAUUCUCUAGUUAUUGUUUAAAUAAUUACACUAUAUAUGCAUUAUUUUGAGAUUGAAUGGUGCUUUCUUUUUCGUUGGAGGGAGGUUCUAUAAUUAUGCUCAGGAAAAUUGAAAAUAGGAGUUAUUUUGAUGAUGAGACAAAAUACACCCUAACUGGGGGCUGAGCAUAACUUAUGUAACCUGUAAAGAUCUAACCAAAUGACAAAAUAUGGUCAUGUAUAAUCAAAUUGUUAGGGAUGACAGAAGGUGAAAUACAUGUACAAUGUAGCUUCCAAUGUAGCUUCCUACUGUCCUAAGCAUUAUACAACUGUAUUAAGCUGUAUUAUGGAUUCCGUCCUCUUAGGCAUAGAUUUUUCUAAUUUAUUGGGAUAAUGGGCUCUACUACCCGCUAUAUCAGAUUAAAAAAUUGGGCAACUGUUUUGUGUGAUAUUUGGGGGAUGGAGGGGUGAGGAAUUUUCCAAUUUGAGAAGUAUGAAUAUUGUGAGUAGCAUACGCUAUCCUGGUGUAUUUUCGUUGGCGUAACUAUGGUGUUUUUACUUUCUUUUCAAAAGCUAAUUUUUUCGUGUAUGCAUGUCUCUCUUUUUCACAAUUAAUGAUUUACUAUCCAUUCUGUAAAAAAGAAGCUUUACGGGAUAAUCAAUGGACCACUGGCCAGACGUCUCCUUGGUACCAGUGAUUAUCAGUGGCUUGUCUAAUUGGUCAUUUCUGAAUUAGUCAACCAAUUUGGAUUGGCAUUAGGGGUUCCUGAUACUAUUUCAUGUGGAAACCUGAUCCCCUUAUUUAAGAAACCUGAAAAUGAUGGGCUGUUGGCCUACUGAAAACGAACACAAAUGAGUUAGAGAAAUUUAAAUGGAUGAUGAAAUAUAAUGAAUUUUUUUUUGCCAGUGAAUUGGUUGUUUACAUUUUAUAAAAAAAAAUCUGCUCUUGCAUUUAUUGAUGUCUUAGAUGUUGUAUGUUCCCACAUAUUUAUGUUGGUUGUUUAUUUAAGCAUGUCUCAGCGCAAAGUAUGCACGCAUGUCUUAUCUAGGACCUCUGGCGGGCCAUUUUGUUUUAGUAACUACUCAAAAUUGUCGAAGAAACAAAGGGGAAUAUCCAGAAAUGAGCACAUUCAUUAUAAAAGAACCAAGAUUCCCUUACACUUUAAAGAAAAAAUCAAUGAUGGAGCUCGAAAGUACUCUUAUGCCCAGUGGUUGUCAAAAAGAUGACAUAAAUUCUGCGGUGUGUUUUCUUAAUGUCAUCUAAACCAGUGAUAGCAUGAUCUCGAUUCGGGAUAACAGAUGAUUGGAUAAUAAGCUUCCACUGUUCAAUCUUGAUUUACUAAGAAUUUUUCUAGCAUCAAUGAAUAAUGCGUAAAACAUCAUCCCUAAAGUAAGCUAUAAAUUCCCUAAUUUCAUUUUACCAAUGCCAUAUUGUCGUUAGGAGUUUAAACUUUCUUUAAAAUUCACUACCAAAGAAUUCUCAAUAACUUUCCUUCACUGGGAUAUUGAAUAACAGCAUAGAUCAUAUAUUAGUUCACAAAGGUUCGCAUUCACAAUUAAAGAGGAAAACGCAGCACAAAACUGCAAGUAAACCAGAAUAAUCGUACUACAUUAAUCGUGUAAAAACAUCACUGGCAGCGGCUAAAUUUCUUUUGCAAAAACAUCACAGUUGAGCAGUAAACCUAUAUCCGGCUUUCUUCUAAGGAUAUUCCAAUUGAAUCUAAUGUUUCAAAAAUAUGCUCGAACCAUGGAGGGAAAAGCCAGCGUUAUGACGGGAUGUUAAGGCUUACGAGAAAGGGAAAAACCCUAAUGACGGGAAGUGACAGCAAUGACUUGAGAAAACUACUCAGCAUGUAGCGUUAUUAAUGAGGCAGAACAGCAGAAGGUAAAAUAUUUUCAACUACAAAUAGAUUCCGUGUGUCAACAACUAUUAUAAUCAUUAUGGCCUACUUUUAUGCCCAUAGUGCUCACCAUUGAUGCCAGGCAAUGAAGUAUCUUAAAUAAUUCGGUUAUGCCAGUUGAUCUCAACUUGUAUUAUUGAAUGGAUAACCCUAAUGUUGGAUUGAAAAAAGCAUGGGCCGUAUCAAUUAGAAUAUAACUCUCUCUCUUGGAAAAAAUAUGGACAAUGUCUGGCAACCUUCCAUAAUUAUGGGAAACUGUGCCAGUGAAAGUGAUUAUUGUCUUCUCUUGGUCAUGAUCAAAUGACUUUAUGUUGUAUCCUAGUGUAAUAGUGUUUCUAUUGUUCAAGUUUGGAGUAAAAAUUCUUUCUUGCAUCUCAUCAUAUUUAAUUUCGCUGGCAUCGCACAAUUCUGAAUAGUUGUUGACGGGAUCGUCUUCUCAUUCCAACGUAAUUUAUAGCCACUUGAAAUUUUGCUUUUCUGGACAGGAUUGUCUUGAAUUACUGAACAAUCUCAUUCGGAAAGCUGCAUCUAACCAGGUUGGUGCAUCUGUCAGCUGUUUGUUCAAAUAUCCUUCUACUGUAACUGUCUACUUUUUCAUGCAGAUAUUGCUGAGGGAAACUAUUGGAUUUGAGCCCUUAGUUUCAAUUCUGAAGCUUCACAGAGGUAGUGCUUUCAAUUUCACGCAACAAAAGGUAAGGCUCAAUCUGAUGUUACUUUUUCCUGAUAAUUUUUUUUUUUUGAGGCAUUCCAGCCAUGUUCUGCUGUACUGACUUGCAUUUGUUUUUCCAUUGCCUGUUAUGAACACCUCACUAAAAGACAGUAAAUCUGCUCAGUGCACUGGAAACUAUAGAACUGCUUUUGUUAGGAGGUAACGCGGGUGAACCUGGAAAGGAUGCUAACCGAUUAUCAAAUCAAACAUUGUUGGGACAGGUGCGUAACUUCUCUUCACUGUCUUAAUGUUUCUUCCAGACCUUCUAGAUUCUGACUUAUACAUUUCAUAAUUUUCUCCUGCAGAAGAAAAUAUUGGACCAUCUUUUAAUGUUAGGUGUUGAAAGUCAAUGGGCUUCAAUUUCUGUUCGAUGUUCGGUAAGGGAAGGGAUAAUGACAAUCAAUGGAGAUGUUGCAUUGUCCUUUUUAUUUAUUUCAUUUGAAGCAAGCUCCGAACAUUUCGUAAAACAAUUUGCUUCUUCUUACUGUCUAAAUGUUUCUUCCAAGUGAUGAUAAUAGACGCCCCCAUGUGACAAAGCUGAUACCGCAAAUGUUCUUUUGUGUUCCUCAAAGAUGUACAAUUGUUGUCUAUGUUUAUAGUUGUCUCAUUAUCUCAUAGUACUGUUAUUACUGUUCACCUUUCCUUGAGAUGACAGACCUGGAUUGAUUCUGGACAUCAAUUUAAUUUACAUAAACUUAAUAAGUGUUUUAUACUAGUUUGGUUACUGUUUCCAUUCAUCUUCAGCAUAUUAAUCUUAAUUUCUUUAAUAUAUCUUGCUAGGCAGCUAGCAUUAUUAUGUAACCUGACAUCUAUAAAAAAAUUGUGAGUCACUCACGUAACUGUCUUUAUAUUUUCUCAUUUCAGGCACUUCGAUGCAUUGGAAAUUUGGUUUUCAGAAACCCCAAUAACCUUGAUGCCCUCGCAAAUAAAGUGGUUGGAGAGGAACCACACAUUGAACCUGCCCUCAAUUCUAUACUUCGUAUGAUUUUGCGGGCUUCUACUGUACAGGAAUUCAGGGAAGCAGACCAUGUUUUCAAGUGCUUCUGUGAGGUCAUCUCUUAGCACCUUCAAAAUACCAUCUUUUUAAUUUCAUGCUGGUUGGUUCUAUGAAGUGUACGUUUCUAGUCUAUGAUGCUGCUAUCAACAGCCAUGGCAAUGUUGCAAAUGUGUCUACAAUGAGAUGUGUGAUAAAUUGCCAGACAUUCUUGAUGCCUUUCAUCUUGGAUUCCACCUGAGAACACACAAUCUCAAAAUGUGCUCUUUAUUUUACAAAUUGAAAUAAACAGAUAAGGUGUACAAUUUAGAUGAUGUCUAUCAGAAAUAUAUGAAUCGAAUGCUUACUGUUGUCUAUGAUUUUCUGUACCGUCUGCAGAUUUUUUUUUAUUUGCAUUGUCGGGAUACAGCAUGAUUUGGACUGUGUUUUCCCGUGGUUGUGGACAUGAAUUCCUUUUAUCGUCUGUUUGGGAUAUCUUAAUCUUUUUUGGUGUACUAGUGGUUUAGGGGUAGAUAACGCAUUAAUUAUUUAAUUAAAUUUAUAAGAUAUAAAUACCGGUUUAAGAGAUUGAAUUAAGGUGAUGGUGUAGGCUCCAAGAAUCCCCGAGUCCAUGCAUGGCCAGUGUUUUAUACCCGGAUCUGGUGUGAGGGCCUUUCUUUCGUCCUCCUCCUGCUGCUGCCAUUUCGAUUGUUUCUUUCAUAAAAAGGAUGAUGGAAACCUUUCCCCGCUCAUCUCAAUAUACUGUUAAUAACUUGUCUUUGUUCUUUUUCAUAUUUUCUGUACUAAACACUGAUAACUAAUAACUGCAUCCCUUUCCCCAUUCCAACAUAAUCUGAAAUUCGUCCAACCUGAACUUUGAAUUAAUGUUUCUCGUCACAGUUGAUUAUUGGCAUCACACAAGAAUUAAAAAAAUCCCGAAAACAGCCAAUUGAGUUCAUUUCAUAUUAUGACUCUAAAAUUGCAACAUGUUACGGUCAGGUCCUUGACAUCUGGGAUAGCGUACCAGAAUCUAGCUCUCGACGCAUUCCAGGACACUCCACAUCUGGGAUAGCGCACCAGAACGAGAGAAGUUAGUUUAGCAUUAGCUUUUCAAGCGGAUUCUUUGCAAUUUGAAUCUCAAAUAAUCUUCAAAAUUCCCAAACCCACCGAAUCUCUUUUACCUGAUCUGAACACCUAGAUCCAACCAAACACGCCCCUAGUCCAAUAUCAUUAAACCCCCGUUUGUCGAACUGGCCUUUCAUCUGCAUUCGUGGGUUUAGGUCAAGAAUUAUUCAACAGGGUAGUGCAUACUCGACCAAGCGUAUACCCAAUUUCUGUUUUGGCUUCGUUAUGAUGAGGUGGAUCCUCCCAGUCUUUAAUACAGUUUGAAAAAUCGAAAGGACUGAGAACUUGGUCACAACUAGGUAUAAGCUAUGAAUGGGACAAAAAGACUACUUAAACAAAUGACCUUGCUGUGAAAACGGUUUAAUCGUCUCCAAUAGGAAUGAUGAUUAGCUCAUACUAUGAAAAUUCGGGUGUAAUGUUACCCGAAACAAAUAAACAUUAUGAAAUAUAGCCUAUCUCCGGACUGCAGAAGUUCAAACCCUUAAGUGGUAUUCGAUGCCUAAUAGUAAUCCAAAUGCUUAUUUAUCUCACAUAGAAUGUUUUCAUAAACCUUUUUCCUUGAAUCCUAUAUUUGUCUAUAUUUUUUUCAUCAUCAUUGCAAGUGAAUCUAAUGGACGCAUAUGAACUGUGAUUCUUGUUUUUUCUGCACUAGUUUAUUCCCAUCCUCUCAUCUUUAUGUGGUUUUGUGGCCUUUGCCUCCUGCGCUAGUUAAAUCUUCAGCGCCCAUUGAGUCCUUUGCCAUUUUUCUUCAGAACCAUUUGCCCUUUUCUUCUGAAGUCUUGGAAAUUACGGUUGUUUGUUUUGUAAUUGAAAGAGAGCAUGCUUAUGCUGUGUUAACAGGAGAACCGAUCAGGGCAAGUAUUGUUGGCUUCCACCAUGACCCCUCAGCUACGUACAUUUUCUCAUGCUUCUGUUGAAGAUAGUGGUAAAAUAUCAUUUGGAAGGUAAGUUAUAAUUACGUUUGUAUUUCUUUGUCAGCUGCUGCAAGGUUUCUUUGGGUUCUUCACUUGUACUGAUUGAAAAACGUUCCCUCAUUCUUGAGUGUCGUGAAUUCAUUUUUCUUUUUAGUAUUUAUUGAAUUGCCUUUUGAAAUUUCUCAUCUUGAAAUGGCAGUAUCUUGUUACAAGGUCUGAUUUUCAGCGAGGCUGAUGGAGAUCUUGAGGUAAGCUCUGGUUUGUUGCAUUUGAUAAGCAUGGUGGUCUCGAAUCUGGAAUGAUACUUCCCAGUGCCGUGUCAGCGCUUGCUUUAUAGGUUUUUCAUCUCACAGAUCAGAUCAGCGGCAUAUUUAGUACUCUCCUGAUCCUUGGGCCAAGAAAGUUUGAUACCAUCUCAAAUCGUGAUCCUUGCCAUCCUUGAGGAUUUUGCAUUUCUCAUUUGUUUAUCUUUUAGUUUCUUAAUAUGUGCCUACUUCAUUGUAUUGCCCAUCAAAUAUUCGCAGGGGCAAUUGGAGAUACGAACAUAUAUGUCCAAUGUGCUCUUCGAUGAAAGUAGAACAAAUAAGAUCUAUAUGCUCAUCAAGUUCCGACCUUCCAUUGACUGGUAGCAUUUUUCAUGCACCGAACAUUUGGAACACUAUAUACCAUUGAGUCCCAUUAUGUUCAAAUUAAUAAGCCCAACUCCCUGUUUGUGGCAGCAUCUACUGGGCUUUAUGGAAAUGCUUGCGGUUGGGAUACUAGAUAGUAUGUCGAACAUUGCAUAAAUUAAUCUAUUCAGUACUAAAUGUUAAUAAAUAGCUAGAAGGCAAUAUUUUCAGAUAUUGUGAUAGAAUAUGAUUAUUUUAGUGCCGAUUGCUUAAGUUUUACACUCAUGAAAACUGUAAAUUGAGCAAGGUCCUAUUUCUCAUUGCAGACAAGCUGCCGAGCUGCUAGUGUUCUCUCCCACAUUCUCAAGGAUAAUAUCCAAUCUAAAGAACAGGUAUGCAUGUGAAGCUCAGGGCUUGUGUAACUUUUCCUUAGCAUCUGUGAAGAAUCUAGGUUUUCUUAGCAUCCACACCACCAAAUUUAGUAUGUAAUGGUGGUUGUGCUUUGUAAGUUAAGUUCUUAUUGUGGAUUCAUUUCUUUUCUUCUUUUCAUCUGCCUUCCUGCAAGAGUGAGCCGUGAUUAUUUUCUAGUAAUGCCCAUGGCCAUCAAUCACAGGUUCUUCGGAUUGUCCUCGACAGCCCCAUUCCAUCCUUCGGACCACCAGAGCCGCUGUUGCACCGAAUUCUGAAAUACUUGGUGCUUGCGACCUCAACCAGAGUUAAAGAAAAUGACCAGAACGACAGACCUUCCUCUUCAAGCUCAUAUACCACCCUGAUUAUGCUCCGGUUGUUGGUCACAUGGCUGGCGGACUUCUCAGAUGCUGUUCAUUGCUUGCUAGAUUCAUCUGUACAUCUCACAUAUUUACUAGAGCUGGUGUCUAGCCCACACCCUGCAUUUGUUCGAGGUCUUGCUUCUGUGAUUCUCGGAGAAUGCAUAAUCUACAACAAGAGGCCAGGCCAGGGCAUCAACGAUGCAUUCACUGUGGUUGAUAACAUCAGCCAGAAGAUUGGUCUUGCUUCUUUCUUCCACAACCUUGAAGAAUUGCAGAAAAAAUUUAAUCUUGUCUCUACCUCAUCAGCUCGGCAUCGGAAACCCUUGACGAGAUCCAUGGUGGCAAGUACGGCUGAUGCAGAAGAGAUUGAAAGCGACGGUAGUGAUCAGAACCUCGAGCAUCCCAUUCUACCAGCAAUUUUUGAUGUUCAGUUCGUCGAUCUUGUUAAAAAACUGGAGGUCAGCAUUAGAGAAGGAAUUGUGGAGAUCUACAGCCAGCCCAAGAGCAAGGUUGCAGUGGUUCCAGCCGAAUUGGAGCAGAAAAGUGGAGAAAGUGAUGGAGAUUACAUAAAACGAUUGAGAUCGUUUGUGGAGAAGCAGUGCUCUGAGAUGCAGGUUGGUAGCUCUUACUUUCUGUGCAUGACCUAAUUUCGGUUGACUUUCCGUUUAGCUAUAAUUUUUCAUCUCCAUUUUUGGGUGGUCAAAUUACGAAAAGUGAUUAUGUUCGUGUGAUCACCAACAUGUUUCUAAUGUUGUUAUUUAUUUAUUUAUUUAUUUAUCGUCUCUAGGAUCUUCUUGGCCGAAACACCGCCUUGGCGGAGGAUCUGUCUAAGUCCGGUGGCAGCACUUCUGGCCCGACCGAGAGACCGGGCGGUGGAAGAGAGAGGAUCCAGUCGGAGAACCUCCGCCGGGAUCUUCAAGAAGCCAUUCAGAGGGUAGAGAUGCUGAGAUCAGAUAGAGCUAAGAUCGAAGAGGAAGCUUCCAUGUAUAGGAACCUGGCUGAGAAACUAGAGUCCGAUCUGAAAGGCUUGUCUGAUGCCUACAACAGCCUGGAGCAGGCCAAUUUCCAGCUGGAGACCGAAGUGAAGGCCCUGAGGAAGGGUGGGGAGCCCUACACAGAUGUGGAGGCCAUCAGGGCUCAAGCGAAGGAGGAAGCUGAGAAGGAGAGUGAGACAGAGUUGAAUGAUCUCCUGGUUUGCCUCGGGCAGGAACAGAGCAAGGUGGAGAAGCUGAGUGCCAGGUUGGCUGAGCUCGGUGAGGAUGUGGAUUCACUUCUCGAAGGGAUUGGAGAUGAUGCAGCCCUCCCUGAAGAAGAAGACGAUGAUGAUGAAUGA